UGCGUUUAAAUAUCACACGUUAAUACAGGAUCAUUAUUUUUCCCAGUUGUCAAAGGAGAAACGAAUUAGUGUAUAUUGACUGAGAUGCACUUCGUUUUUUUUUAAAGGAAUAAAUUCAUUUUCUAACUUUGUAUAAUUUACACUUACUAUUUUUGAUAAAUUUAGAAGCCAAAGUUCACUCAUCCUUUAUCUUUCUAUGUUCUUUAUAUUUUAAGAUUCAGAAGUUGGCUUGGAUUACGUAUUUUUCACUUUUAAAAAGAGAUUCAUGGACCUUACAAAGUUUCGAAAAAGUUUCCCCCUAGACAUUGUGUUUCCCUCAAUCUUGACAAUUUUAUCUUGACAUUUAUGACAGUAAUGGAAGUAUGAAAAUCUGGCUCCUUGUCCGAAGCAGCAGGAACAGACAUUUCUACAUCAUUCACAGUGUGGUGCUGUUCCCUCGGAAAAAUAACACUUUGGGGGGUCCUUACUGCGCUGGUGAAUGUGAUGUAACUUAGAAGUAUAACGCCUUUGGAAAAAUUGCACACAUUACCAAAGAACAAAAAAAAUGUCAUGGCCUCUGAUGAAACAUGAUUAUUAUGGGACCUUUGGAGAUCUGUAGGACUGAAAAGUGUAGUUGUGUGUGCCAAAAGUUACCCAAGACAAAAUGGAAACGUCACCCACACUAAAUCUGACAGAAUUACCUGAGGAUUUACUGUUACACAUAAUGAGCCUGUUUAGUCCCUAUGAUCUUUCUAAGCUUGGUGCCACCUGUCAUUUCCUCCACACUCUCAGCCAGUCUAACUCAAUCUGGAUAAAAUUUUGUCAGAAAGUUACCAAUUUAAAGAAUGUUGAACUUGGAGAAUUCUGUAAUUACAAGAAGUUGUACACCAAUUUGCUUCACAAGUAUGGCUGUUUGAUUGGGUUAUAUGAGACCAAAUUUGGUCCCUUUGGAGGCCUCACCGAAGUCAUAGUAAGUCAGAAGGCAGUUCAUGUAUAAUUCAGCUUAUAUGAG